CCUGUCAAGACCUAACAAUAACAUGCGUCACGCCUGCUUAAUUUUCUCCCCGAGUUAUGAGCGAACAUGGUCCAAAAUUCCUUCUCGAAGAACGUCUGAGCCAUGCACACGCCCCUGCUCCCCGUCGCGCCUGUUCCUGUCGUUUCCUUGUCCGGCCCGCCGAGAUAACAACGUUGAUGGCGUGACAUGCCGUUACCCACCGCGCCGUCGUCGGGCAGCUCAAUCCUGAUCCAGCCGAAGCCCAGGAACGGAGUACGAAUACGGAGUACGCAGCUUGCUUUUCUUAAACACUGCGGUACAUACGUAGAAAAGUCCCUUAAGCACAUGCGCUUGUUUCUUGUUAUUAUUGUGCCACCACGUAUGGUACGUCAACAACUUGCACCAGGAGAAGAAGAGGGGCAAGGAAAGUCUCUUCUUCUUCCGCCUACAUGUCAGUUAAUCUUCGUCGUCAUAUGCCAACGCCCAGAUCCUGCCUUCGGAUCCUAUCCCUCGUUCAGCACAGCAUCUCCUAUCAUUGUAACGCAUCAUCACAGAUCACGCUGUCAAACUACAUUUACCUUACGCAGAAGCCAGAGCAAGAGCCUCAGCAGCUCUGGGACUCCUAAUAAGUUAAUAACAGCCUUAACGACAGCAAUUUGAUGGGCUGUGCGCACUAGGGGAGUAGACGCACGCCGACAGUAUGCUGCUUCCACCCAUGACCCAUCUUCUCACAACCCCCAUCU